AUGUGUGUCCAGCGUUACUCCAAGGGACUGUCCGACGAAUCAGGAAGGGAGCGAGUGAAAGAGGAGGCUAAGAAGUCCGUUUUUGCUGAGUCUGCCCCCGGACCAGGUGAGGGGGACCCUGGACCUCUGACUGCACCCAUCAGUAACCAUGUGUCUUUCCAGGAGAACAAGGGUUCUGUGGAGAUCAUGCGGAAAGACCUGAAUGACGCCCGGGACCUGCACGGCCAGGCUGAGUCUGCUGCUGCCGUUUGGAAGGGACACGUGAUGGACCGCAGGAAGAAGGCCCUGACCGACUACAAGAAGCUUCGGGCCUUCUUUGCCGAGGAGGAGGAGCGUUUCCUGCAGGAGGCGGAUAAAGAGGAGGGGUCUGCAGAGGACGAGGACACAGACCCGGCCGAGCGCUUUGGGUCACUGCUGCAGGCUGUCUCAGAGCUGGAGAGGAGGCACCGCAACCUGGGGCUCAGCAUGCUGCUUCAGUGAUGUCCUGCCCUCUGCUGGCUCCAGACGGUAACAGCUCCAUCCACCCUGGCCUGUCACCCAGCAGCUCCUCCAUCACCUCCUCCUGGACCUGCAAUGACCUUCACCCAUGAGGGUCUGCACCGAGGUGCACACGCAGGAUGCAUACCACGGGUGGCCACCUUGGGUGGGCCAAGACUGCCCCUAGCAGUGUCCCUGUUCCCUUUCCCUGUGGGUAUUCGUGGUCCCCAGGCUGUAACCGUUUUACCGUAGAGACCUGUAGCUACUGGU